AUGACCAUGGAGAAGAUUGUAAAAGGCGCCACAAAAAUAAAGUUGGCCGCGCCCAAAUCCAAGUAUAUCGAGCCCAUACUCUCUGCCACAAAUGGCGGAGAAUCAGGUGUCGCCGAAGUCUUUCGUACUCUACAACUCCGACUCAGAGACUCGACAUGGACGAUUGUAUUCAAGGCGUUAAUUGUGGUUCAUCUUAUGAUAAGAGAAGGUCAGCCCGAGGUCACUUUGAGGUACAUAUCCGAGUCACCCAAGAGAUUGGCAAUCAGCAGCUUCACCGAAGUCCAAACCCAAGGUCUCAAUAUUCGAAGAUAUUCGGAAUACUUGUUGGAAAGAGUACGAGCUUUUCGAGAUACGAAGACGGACUUUGUCAAGUCAGGAACGGGAAAGAUGCGCAGAUUGACCGUCGAGAAAGGGUUAUUGAGACAGACUGAGGUUGUGCAGGAUCAAAUAGAGGCUUUGAUUCGAUGCGACUUACUAGGCACUCAUGACCCGGAGAAUGAGAUAUCAUUGACGGCCUUUCGUCUUCUGACCUUGGACUUGCUCGAGCUGUUCAAGGUGAUGAACGAGGGCACCAUCAAUGUUCUAGAACACUACUUCGAAAUGUCUCGUCCUGACGCGGAACGGGCAUUGCAAAUAUACAAGACAUUCGGAAGGCAGACCGAACUGGUGGUGCAAUAUCUCGGUGUAGCCAGACAGUAUGAGACGUCAACGCGCUUGGAGGUCCCGAGACUAAAGCACGCACCAACAACUCUGACCAGUGCCCUGGAAGAGUAUCUCAAAGAUGCGGACUUUGAACUGAAUCGAAGACAAUAUCUGGCGCAGCAAGAAGCGAAAAGGACGGGUAAGCCAGUUUCGGCCGCGCCAUCAGCCAAUCCAUUCGACAAACCAGCAACAAAACAGGCAGCACCGGCCUCAGUCGCAGCCAGACCACAGCCGGCUCAAUCGGUGCCCAAGGGACCAGCGCCUGAUCUGAUUGACUUCUUUGAAUCCAUUGAGCAGAAUCAGCAGACGAUGGGUCAGACCAACAUGAACGCGCAGCCUCAAUUCCAGCAAGGAGUCCCGCAAGUUCACGGAUACCAUCAAGCGCCUGUGCCUCAACAGACGGGCUACAAUCCUUUUCUACAGCCGCAGCCAACUUUUCAACCUCAGGCUCUACCGCUACCCCAAGCUCAACCCCAGCCUCUGCAGACAGAUUUCACAGGGGCGGGAUUCGGUGGAUAUGGACCUCAACCACAGCAGCAGGCACAGUCAGCAGGCGGUUACCAAUUUUCCUCGCAGCUAUCGCCGAUUCCUCAGAAUGGCGUGGCAAACUUCCAGUCUCAAGUCUUUCCACCAGCUCAGCCUGCAUCGCUACAACCACAGAUGACAUCCACCAAUCCGUUUCGACAGUCCACGAUGCACACUGGAGGUGUGCAAAUUUCGCCUGUUAGUCCUGCUGUUCCUGUCCGGUCGUCGACCAAUCCAUUUGCUAAGCACAACACUGGAGCGAUUUCCCACAACGACCACGGGGCAGGGAUGGUCCAUGACCAAGCGGGCUUCUCUCCUGUCUCUCCCGAGCAAUCCUUCCCCUCCAACCCAUCUUUCCUCUCGUCACCCCCGGCACUGCAACCUCAAAGAACAGGCACAAACCCAUUCGCAAAGAACCGACCAACAACAUCAGGAGGAGGUCCAGUGACAACCAACGUGACGGGAAGCACCAACCCCUUCCGGCAGAGUGCGUUUGUCAAUCAACAGACAGGUCAGGGGUGGCAGCAUAGCAACCAAGCCACCUCAGAAGUCACCCUGCGGCUUGAUGCCGUGUCCUCCGCCUUGACUGGAUCGCCUGUUCGACACCCGCCGUCCUCUCACAAAUCAGAAACGACCGCCGCUAUGGAGGACGGCAAUGUAGAUCACAUUCCGACCCUCUCCAUCAUCCCCUACGACAACAACCGGGAGGUCGUGCUCCGCCACGCAGACACCAUUGUCUACCGCGACCCGAGAACGAACCAACUUGUCCCAUUCCAUAGAAACCAAGAUGUAGAGCGGCGCUCCUCGGACUGUCCAACCUGUGGCCGACCCUGGCACAGACCACCAGGAUCCUCGAGCACCCAAGAACCCGGUCCAAGUCCAAUGGAAGACCAACCCAGCUUUAUCACAGAGGGCUACUUUGAGAUGCUCGCUCGAAGCCUUCCUGGCUCCAACGAACCAUCUGCACCGCCCUCUCCGCGACGUCGAAUCGUCCAACCAGUCCGCUCUCGGCUUCACCCUUCGUCAGCCGCCGUGUCUCCGCCUCCGAAUGCAGAGUUCAUCGCCAGUGCGCCAAUCCCUGCCAGUCAGUCCCAUGGAAUCUCCGAGACAGCUUUUUCGCCCAACUACUUCGAGAAGUUCUUUAUCGAAGAAAGAGAGCUCGGAAGAGGCGGCCGAGGGGUUGUGCUCUUGGUCAAACACGUCCUCGACGGCGUUACCCUCGGCCAUUUCGCGUGCAAACGUGUACCCAUUGGAGAUGACCACGCGUGGUUAGAGAAGGUCCUUGUCGAGGUCCAGCUUUUGCAGACUUUAUCACACCAAAAUCUCGUCUCUUACCGCCACGUAUGGUUGGAAGAUUUCCAAACCAGCACCUUUGGCCCUAGUGUGCCUUGCGCGUUCAUUCUACAGCAAUACUGUAACGGCGGAGACAUGCAAAACUACGUCCUGGGCUCUGCGCAAGCAUCCACGACGACGCAAGAAUUAAAAGAACGAAUUCGUCGCAAGUCGAGGGGAGAAUCCGAGCUUCCGCGGCGGGCGAAUGAACCCAAAAAGUUGCCUUUUGACGAAAUUUACAACUUUUUCAAAGACAUUACCUCGGGAUUGAGACAUCUCCAUCACAACGGCUUCAUCCAUCGGGACCUGAAACCGAGCAACUGCCUCCUGCAUACCGUCGGUGGCGAAACCAGAGUCCUGGUCAGCGACUUUGGCGAAGUUCAAUACGAGUAUGCAACGCGAAAAUCCACUGGCGCUACUGGGACGAUAUCCUACUGCGCGCCCGAAGUGCUUCGACGCAUCUCUCCAGGUGGGCCUUUUGAGAACUUUACUUCCAAGUCGGACAUCUUCUCAUUAGGCAUGAUUUUACACUUCCUCUGCUUUGCAAAUCUCCCCUACAACUCGGCAAAUGUCCUUCAUGAAGAGCGCGAAGACAUUGAUGAAUUGAGAGCAGAAAUUACCAACUGGGGAGGAUUUGACGAUCAGCGCAAAUUACGUCCCGAGUUGCCGCGUGCACUCUACUCGUUUCUCAAACGGCUCCUGUCCCUGAGCCCGGAUGAGCGGCCCAGCGCAGACGAUGUUCUCCAGGUCGUCUCGUCAGGUAGACUCGACGACAUCCCCGUGGUGCGGAGGCGGAGCUCGAUGGAGCCGGAGGAGCUGACGCCGGCCCGCCGGAUCCAGAAGCUGGAUACACCGCAGAAGGGAAACUCGCCACAAGGAAGACACGGUCAUGACAUGAGUCCCAGACCGAAGCGAUCCUUUUUCCCGUCGGCGAGAUCUGUAUCUCAGGAGCCGAAUGGAUCCGAAGCAAUACUCAGCGACCACGGGUACACGAGCGGUAGCGAAGCAGACCGCGAACAACGCGCACAUAAAGCCUCCACGUCGACGCGACGCGAGUCGGCGAACCUGAGGCUCAACAGCACCAUGAUUCUGCGGGCCAAACGUGCCUCAUCGUCUCUCCCUUCGUCCCCAUUACAAAAGUCUCCCACCCACUCGCCGACCCGGCAACAGCUCCUUCUUGAAUCUGCACGAGAGGUUGACCGGCCAACUCUGUCUCUAUAUCUCGAUCGAGUCUACAACUUCCUCAACGUGCCCAUCACCUCUCCUUCGACCCGUGUCGUCAUACUCGGUGUAAAACUAUUCAGCACCCUUCAGCCUUGCCUGUCUCAAGGCAUGAACGCGAUAGUGGUCUAUCCCAUCAUCGCAACGGCAUUACUAGAGUUCUCAUUGGCGCGUGUGCGGCUAUGGAAAGCUUUGGUAGCUAUGCUGGCGCAUUUCAUUGUGCUUUCUUUAGCGUGGAGAACGGACAAGUUAUGUCAGAACCCCAAUGGUGGGUGGAUGCAAUGGGACGGACAUGAUGGUGAAUGA